GAUAGCAAAACAGCCAAAAUGUUCAGCAAAAUCGUAGCUUUCAGCGCUUUCUUGGCCGCGGCCAGCGCUGGCCACCUCGGUUACGGCCACGCUGUGUCUUCGCAGAACAUCGUUCGCCACGACGAGGGCCACUAUGCCCCAGCCCACUAUGCCACCCCGGCUCACUACGCCCCGGUCCACUAUGCUGCUCCCGUAGUCCACGCCGCCCCUAUUGCUCACUACGCUGCCCCUAUCGCUGCCUACGCCCCUGUCGCUCAUUACGAUGGCCAUGAUGAAUACGCUCAUCCCAAAUAUGACUACGCGUACUCGGUGUCGGACCCGCACACCGGCGACCACAAGUCGCAGCACGAGUCCCGUGACGGCGACGCCGUGCACGGCUUCUACGAGCUGGUGCAGCCCGAUGGCUCCGUGCGCAAGGUCGAGUACACCGCUGAUGACCACAACGGUUUCAAUGCUGUGGUGCAUAACUCAGCCCCCACCAUCCACGCCGCCCCAGCCCAUGACUACCAUCAUUAUUGAGAGGAAUAAGCGUCGAGUUAUUUAUUUCAAAACUAUUUAUAUUUUGUAAAUAUGUGAGUGUGAGAAGUCUGUAAGCAAAUGAAUCAUGAUUUUAUAAAAUAAAUGAGAGUAUGAUUUUAUAGUA